AUGUCUUCAAAUGAACACCACGAGAGCCAGGAUGAGUAUCUCCAGGCUGACGAUGCUGAAGAGGUCUUCGAUCGUGAUGAGGACCAGGACAUGGAUGUGGAUGGAGAAUAUGACGACCAGAACAUGACCAUUGAGGAUGAGAUCACCUUCCAGAAUGACUCCGCGGCACACUUCGAUUCUCACACAGACUCUGUGUUCUGUGUCGCUCAGCACCCCAUUCAUAACCAGAUUGUCAUCACUGGCUCGGGUGAUGACUCCGCGUACAUCUUUGACUCGACUCCUGCAGCCCGUCCCGUCCUCCCCUCGAGCUUUGAAACCACCCCCCAGCCACGGGAGCGGGAAGCUCUGACUCCUCUGGCCAAGCUCGACGGCCACACCGACACUGUCAACGCAGUCACCUUCACCGAGCCGGCUGGAGAAUAUGCUGUCACGGCUGGUCUGGAUGGCAAGCUGCGCGCUUACCGAGACACCACACCCCAGAAGACUGGACUUGCGUGGGAAUUCUUCGGCGAGGCACAGGAAGUGGAGGAAAUCAACUGGAUGGCAGUCUGCCCCUACCAGAAGGGUAGUGAGGAGAAGAAGAACGUCAUCGCAAUCGGUGCAAACGACGGCAGUGCCUGGGUCUUCCGCAUUGACCACACCGACCCAGCCAAUCCUAUCUCCAUCAUCCAGACCUUCUUCUCGCAUACCGAAUCAUGCACUGCUGGAGCCUGGACGCCCGAUGGAAACCUGCUCGCUACCGUCUCCGAGGAUGGAAGCUUCUUCGUGUAUGACGUCUUCGGUGCCGCUGCCGCCGCCGGGAUUGAGUACUCCCCAGGCACCAAUGCCGUUCUUGGUCUGAAUGCCGAGGACCAGCGUUUCGCCGUCAUUGGCGGUCUUUACACCAUCGCAAUCUCCCCCAGUGGAGGUAUUGCCGCAGUCGGUGGUGCGGAGGGCAACAUCCGUGUUGUUGGUCUUCCUCGUAUUACCGCUUCUGGUCCCUCAGCCAAGGGCAAGGGUGCCGCUCCCAAGUCUGCAGGUGCCACUGCUGCAGGCACAAUCAUGGCCUCCCUGCAGACGCAGACCGACAACGUCGAGUCUCUGUCAUUCUCCCAGGCUCCGUUCACUCUUCUGGCUGCCAGUUCCGUCGAUGGCUCAAUUGUGAUGUAUGAUGCUGCUCACCGUUUCGCGGUCCGCAGACACAUCCAGGAAGCUCAUGACGGUGCCCCUGUUGUCAAGGUUGAGUUCCUUCCUAGUAACCGUCAAGCUGGUGCUGGUGUCUCUGGACCUCUUGCCUCUGCUUCUGCUGCUCAGAAUAACCGCUCUUGGAUGCUUACCUCUGUUGGUCUGGACGGUGUGGUUCGCCGUUGGGAUGCUCGUGGUGGCACCACCGCUGCUGCCCAGGGAUUGAUGCAGGAGUGGAAGGGUCACAUGGGUCUGACUGAGAAUGACGAGGGUGAGCAAUCUGGAGGUAUCAUGGGCUUUGUGCAGAACUUUGACGGAAAGCGUAUCGUGACGGCGGGUGAUGAUGGUAUCUCAUUGGUGUUUGAGGAGUAA